AGUACCUGGAAGGUCUCCGCUCUCUAGACAAACUCCCUCUGGUUUCUCCAGGCUUUGAACCUCGCUUGCCUGCAGAAAGUGUGCAAUUAUUUCUCUUAAUCCUUGGAAGCACAAAGAAUAAAACACACUGCGGAAAGUGUAGUAUGGGGGGGGGGGGGAUUCAUUUGGCCAGCAGAUGAUGACCUGGCCGGCGAUUUCCUGGAGCCCGACGAUCCACAAACUUCCCUCAAGUACACAGGGCAGGCCAAUGUCUCGAAAACGUGCAGUCAGCGCGAAUUUCCCCCGCCCUUCCCAGGCGCCCAGUUUAAUUCUCAAACUUUUCCUUUAGCUCAUACAGCAUCUUUCGGAUGGUCUCCACCGUGGAGAACUGGAGGGCAGGCUUGCAUUGGUCUGGAAGUUUUGGGGGCGCGUCGGUGCAGCUCUCGACUCUCUCCCGGAGUCUCUAGAGCCCCUCGUUUUCUUCCCGGAACAGGAAAAGCCGAGCCCCGGAUCCCCCCUCUUCCGAGCCAUCCAUCCUUCCCAGCGCGCAUUGGACGGGAGGGAGGAGGGAGCCAGCUGGGGCUGGGCUCCCAUCACCAAAGCCAGCCUCCUCUGGAGAAGCAGGGAUGGAGGAGGGGAGGAGGAGAUCGGAGGGGGGCGGGGGGAGGGCGGGUUGAGGUGAAGCCGCCGAAGUCGCUCAUCCCCGCAGCAGCGCAGAGGGAAGUCUGGGCACCGCAACAGCGUGGGCUGGCCCCGCGCUCCCAGCGGCGACUUUCCUGGGGGAUCACCGCGCAACUUUGUUGCUCUUCGCCUUCUGUGUGCCUGAGCCGAGUGCCAGCCCACCCCUACAAAGUUACUGGAAGGGGGCGGUCUGGGGGGGAGGAAAGGCAAAGAAAAUGGCGAGUCGUGGGACUAACGUGCGGGCCUCAGCUCUCUUCUUACUGCUGCUCUUCGCCACUUGGAGUGGUGGCUGCGCCCAAGCCGAGGAGGAGAUGGAGGAACAGCGCUCCUGCCACGGUGCCUUCGAUCUCUAUUUCAUCUUGGACAAGUCUGGAAGUGUGAAACACCACUGGAUAGAAAUUUAUUCCUUUGUUGAAAGUCUGGCUGAAAAAUUCAUAAGUCCAAUGUUGCGGAUGUCUUUCAUUGUCUUCUCUUCUAAGGGAACUACAAUCAUGAAGUUGACAGAAGACAGAGAAGCAAUACGCCAGGGUCUUGAGGUCCUUCGGUAUGAAGUGCCUGGAGGAGACACAUUCAUGCAUAAAGGAUUUGAAAGGGCAAAUGAACAGAUUUACCAUGAAAAUUAUGGAGGUCUCCGUACUGCUAGUGUAAUCAUCGCCCUGACCGAUGGAGAAUUACAGAAAGAACAAUUUUAUUUUGCAGAGAAAGAAGCAGACAGAGCCAGGACCUUUGGGGCUAUUGUCUACUGCGUGGGAGUGAAAGAUUUUAAUGAGACACAGCUGUCAACAAUUGCUGAUAGCAUUGACCAUGUGUUCCCUGUUACUGGUGGAUUUCAUGCCCUUCGAGGAGUCAUUGACUCAAUCCUGAAGAAAUCCUGCAUUGAAAUCUUAGCAGUGGAGCCUUCUAGCGUGUGUGCAGGAGAGUCCUUCCAAGUGGUGGUGCGAGGCAAUGGCUUUUAUCAUGCCCGGAAUAUUGACCAAGUCCUCUGCAGCUUUAAGAUCAAUGACACUGUGACCAUUAAUGAGAAACCAACGGUUGUACAAGACACAUACUUAUUUUGUCCUGCACCACAACUAAAUGAGAUUGGACAGGUGGUUUUUCUACAAGUCAGCAUGAACAAGGGACUCACCUUCAUCUCCAGCUCAGUCAGUAUCACCAGCACCAAAUGUCUCAGUGGAACGAUUCUCUUCAUUGCCCUGUUGGUUCUGUUUCUGUUAUUGGCGUUGGCUCUUCUCUGGUGGUUCUGGCCUCUUUGCUGCACAGUGGUGAUUAAGGAACCACCCCCACCUCCACCCCCACCAGCGGACUCAGAUGAAGAAGAUGGAUUGCCCAAGAAAAAGUGGCCAACGGUGGAUGCCUCUUAUUAUGGUGGCCGAGGAGUUGGAGGAAUUAAAAGAAUGGAGGUGAGAUGGGGAGACAAAGGUUCAACAGAGGAAGGGGCCAAACUGGAAAAGCCGAAAAAUGCUGUCAUCAAAUUACCAGACCAAGAAUUUGAGCCAUGGGAGCCUAAACCAAAGAAGCAUAGUAGGAAAGAGCUUCCUUCACAGAGAAAAUGGUACACUCCCAUCAAGGGCAAACUGGAUGCUUUGUGGGCAUUGGUUCGACAAGGUUAUGACCAAGUGUCCCUUAUGAGACCCCAGCCAGGAGACAAGGGAAGAUGUAUCAACUUCACUCGUGUAAAGUCUGAUGGCAAACCAACUGCCUUCAAACCACCACCAAGAUCACCACCCAGCCAUGAGAGCGUCCCCCUCAACAAUGCCCCCCGGGGCCCUCCUCCUCCUCCGACAUCUCUCCAGCCUCCUUCCAGGCAGCUGCCUCCUGUUCCGCCUCCUGCUCGCCUCCCCCCAGGACCCCCACCAUCCCGCCCACCCCCUCAGCCUGACUUUUAAAAUUCCAGAGGAACCAAGAUCGACAAAACCCAGUUCUUUGCUGAACUCAACAUAUUUAUUGAGUCUUGGUUUACAGCUGAAAAAUAUUGGAAUUUGUUGCUGGUCAGCAAAAAACAAAGCAAAAUUACCACAUCAAUUUACUAUAUGAAAUAUUUUUAUAUAUCAUGUACAUUGAGUGGAUUUAUCAGUAGAUAAAUCCAGGUAUCUGCUCUGAUGUAUAUGUGGGUGCCUAGGUCCCUAGAUAUACUCAAUUAAGUCAUUUAUAUACCUGGAUGACUCAUCCACUCCUAAUCUUUCCUCUUUAUUCACAAUUCAGAAUAGAGCAUUCAGAAAUUAACAGGGUCUGCUUUCCUUGGAAGGAUCAGAAAAGCUCUUUGAGCUGCGAAUGAAACAACCAUUUCUCCUUCACACAAAGAGAAUACUUCUCUCCCCAAAUCUUUUCAGGUCAGUCCUAUCGACCCUCUUUUCUCCCUUGUUCCACGUGCCCAGUUUCUGUUGGCAUGAUCAAGAAUUCUUCAUGUGGUACAGGGCAGCAUGCCCCUCUAUAGGGUGAAUUGGAUGGCAUUGAUUCUGCCCUCUUUCCAACUACAGAGAUAUUAUAUUAAUUCAAACUUCUGAAACCACAUCCAAGCCCUCAACUUUGAUCCAAUUUGGCCUCGAUCCACAAUCGUUUUCAGUUCCAUUGGUGGGUGGCUGAUAGAAGAAAGCAGCAAGUCCUUUCCUUGAUUUUUAUCCUUGGCCACCUUCAAAGAAAGCGGGCUUUCUGGGAAAGGGUAGUUCUAUGUCAGAGCACAUUAUCCUCAUAAGCGUGCGUAUGUUAAGGGGGAGAGUACCUGGUGUCGCCCCAUGCAUACAAAUAUACCAAAAUUUUCUGACGUGGGAUGACGUGGAGUGAUUCAGGAGUGGUCCAGGAAGGCAAAGCCACAAAUGAGCUGCACCCCAUCAUCCCGAAUGAAUCUUGAUAAGUUAAACUUCCUAGUCUCGUAUGUUAUAUUUAUACCAUAUCAGAAGGAGUUUCUCUGCAGGGCAAAGUACAAAUCUGAAUGUGUUUGGUUUUGUUUGUGUGUAUGUUUGUGUUUUUUUUUUAGACAGCAUCGUUUGUAUUAGUUGUGUAGUUGUAGAAAUGAUAUGAUCUUCCCAUUUUUUCUUUUUUUAUGUUUUGCUGGUAUGGUAUGUAUAUAAUGUACAUGCACGUGCUAUUGGCAGGGGCAUCUAGGACAAACUGACUUCAUGCCUUCAAGUAACCAUGUCUGUGAGUCAUUAUUUCCAAUGGAAAUCCCCACUUGCGGCACAAUAACCCUUCCUCACAAGGGGACUCAAGAUUCUCUUCUUUCUUCUCAGCUUGUCCACACUAUCACAGCUUUCCACAUCCAAAGGGCAAGUCUUGGCUAAAUGAGAUUGGCUCCUUGCCCAUCACAUUUGAAUGAGAUAAUAUUUGUAAAGCACUUAGUGUGUGCCUGGCACAUAGUUGGCACUUAAUAAAUGCAUGUUCUCUUCUCUACUAUCCCUUUUAACACUCAGCCUAAAGCUGCGCAGAUUAGUUCCUAUCACCUUCCUCCUUCUCUUCCCUCAUAUUCCUCAAAAUAGUUACAGACAUCUAAUUUACCUACCAACCUGCCCCCGGCCUUGUGAGAGUUAUGCUUCUUUGCUUGUACAGGACCUUGGAUCUCUUACAGAAAGGGUUCUAGCUAAAUGAAAAGCAAUAAAACAGUGAUGGCAUUUUUUGGAGGGAGUGCAGGUAAUUGCAGAAACAUUAUUGCCUCCAUGUUGCUGGCUCCCUGAAGGUGUGGGUGACAAGGGGAGGAGGACAGAGGGAAACCCCAAUCAGAACCUCAGGAUGUCAGAUCAACUUGGUUAUUGCUUGGAGAAGACUUUGUCUGUUGUUUCCUGGUUCAUGAUAAAUGGUAAAAGCUUUGGUUCUGGAGUGCCCCUUCUGGGACUUACUACCUAUAUGACCUUGGACAAGUCAACCUCUCUGAGCCUCAUCUUAGUUCCCUCAUCUGUAAAAUGAGUGAGUUGGCCUAGAUGACUUCUGAGACCCCUUCCAGGUCUAGAUCUAUGUUCCUACACCUUCUUUGGCUUUAAAUUUGCCUAACUAGAGGUAUUCCACUGCAGUUUCUUAAGGUUAUAACUUUGCAUUACUUUUGCAACAGAAUCCCCUUUGGUUUCUUCAAGUGACCAAUCAUAGGGUUCGUGAUGGCUCAGAGUCCACACUUAAAGAUGUCUGGACAAAUUAGAGGUUUGUUUUAAUGUACACGUGAAGUUGAAUGUGUCCUGAAGCCCUUCCCACAUGUGGACUGGCUUUUUCAAGUACACACCAAAGCAAAUGCUCUCCUUGGACCCCAUGCCCAAUGGCAAGCACUGAGGCAGACCGAUAAAGCGCCAGCCUCUGGACCUGGAGGCCGGGGCUCUCUCAACCUUGCCUUGUCAUCCUGACGUGGCACUUAACUGGGGUUUGGUUUUCACUUCUCAAAAUGGAGGGGAGCCAUAGUUGCAACUCCCAAAACUCUUGAGGAGUCAGCUGGUAGAACAGUGUAUGUUCUAACAUUUCAGAGAAUUCUUUGCCCUGGAUUCAGAGCAUUUGCUAGUGGGUGUUGGGGCCUGAAUGUCUUUUUCAUGAGGGGAGCUCUCUGCUUGAAUGGCAAGGAACUACCUAGUGAGUUUCAUAACAAGCCCAUUCGCACUGGCUUUAAAAAAGUAAAGUCAACCCUAAACCUUACUUCCUGUUAUUCUUCAUAGAAUGUGAUCCCUAACUUUGGAGUCUGGGGGAGCUUGGCUUUUGUUUUUUAUAAAAAGCAACUCUUUCCCCCUUCUGUAAAUAUUGAUAAUUUUUUUACAUGGAGGAACAGAGCAUUUUUGCUUUACUGCUGGACAGUUAGAGUAAUUUAUUACAAGGGGCUUAUGGUGGAUGGCUUACAGGUGGCUCGGCAUACCAUGCAUGCAGGCAAAAGCCAGUAUAGUCCAAAGUGGCAUGUUCCAGGUCCUCCGCAGUUAUGGGAAAGGGAUGGGGGAUGGGGAAGGCCAUGGUAUGUUCUAGUAUUCUUAGUGUAUAUCAGUCUAUGCUUAUAAGUAAUGCCUAGCACAGUAGAAAUAGGAAAUCCAGAAGAUCCACUCAUUUAAUGCUUUAAAAAGAUAGCUAGGAAAGCUUGGUCUUUUAGGGAUAAGAGGAAGAGUGUAUCGUGCAGAUCAUUUCAAGAAGCAUAAGUUCUCAAGGCAAAAAAAAAAAAGAAUGACAGUGGGAUGUCAGGCUGAACAGUGGAAGGAAAGAGCUGUUGUCUUAAAGUCUUGGACUUUGGGGAAGGAACAGAAAGUGGUUUACAGGACGUCGUUGGUUUGAAAGGAAGGUAUAUGUACAGCUUUCUGAAUUUAACUUGCUGUUUCCACAUUAGAAUUGUGCAACCAUUGAAUGUGAUUGUGUGUCUGCCAUUCAUUUCUGUGAAACUCUGUGGCAACAGGACCACAAUAAAAUGUGGGAAAGUGUAUCUGAAAUCCAAUAUUACAAUAUAACAUAUUCUUACGGAUUAAAAGCCAGCAAUAAACCUGUUUAAAAAUUAA